AUCCACUCCUCUCUAGGCAACAUGCAUCCUCUUGUAAAGAUCGUAGCUUGCGUCUGGCUGGUGACCCUGGUAUCAGCAGAUGCUCCUUCAGCUUCAUACCUUCCUCCUAGCGGUGGUAACGGUGGCAGCGGCUACGGCGGCGGCAGGGGAGGUACUGGGCCCAGUGGAGGUGGAAAUGGAGGAGAUGGCAGCGACGGACCGCCACAACCGUUCAGCUUUUCUUACGAGGUAAAAGAUGCUGAAAGCGGUAACGACUACUCCCACAAAGCCGACAGCGAUGGACAGACUGUUCGUGGAGAAUACAACGUCCUCUUGCCUGAUGGUAGGAAGCAAAAGGUCAGCUACACUGCUGAUAACCAAGGAUACAACGCCGACGUGCAGUACGAAGGAGAGGCCAAAUUCGCACCAGGUGGUUCAGGUUCAGGAGGAUCAGGAGGUAACGGUGGAUACCCAUCAGGACCCAGUGGAGGAGGUUUCCCAACUGGCACCGGCACCGGCGGAGGCAAUGGUUACCCAUCAGGACCAUCCAGACCAGGCAGCAGCUACCUCCCACCCGGAAAAUGAGCAGUGUAAUCGAUUAAUAGAAAAAGUGGAGUACUCCAAG